GGACGAGAUAAAGUCGCACCUUUCUCAGGUGUCCGUCCUCUGUGCUGUGUGGUGAAUAUGAUAGCCCAUACUUACUUCUGGCCAGAGGAGACCUCGCUCAUGGAGCGGUGACACACUUUGGUUGCCCAGCAUGCAGCAGGAGUGUGUGCCAUGAGAUCAGCCAACGCAACAUCAUUCCCGAUAAGACCAACCGAGCAAGAUCUGAAAAAUGCCUUAUCCAACAGUGCAGUCACAGGACACAACCACGUCUCCAACUCAUCAAGACCAGCCCAGGCCAGAACAAAAUCGCCCACAGACACAUUUCAUUGUAGUUCUUUGUAUCAUCAUGGCCAUAAUCGAGAAAAUGCAGAUAAAUGUGAUGUUGCCGAGGGUCCCGAGAACCUGAACAACCCAGUGAAAGCCUCGAGGAGCCACCAGGAACUCCACAAAGAGCUGUUACUGGCCCACAAAAAAGGGCUGGUGGCGUGUUGUAAGCCAGAGCUUCAGAUGGUUUUGGAGAGGAGGAAGAGAGAACAGACCCAGAAGGAGGAGGGAGAACAGAGCAGGAGCCCUCUAGAACAAGUCCUCCUCAAACGCCAGCAGAAACAUCAGGAGAUGAUGAAAGAGAAGGAAGAGGAACAGAAGUUACAGGAGGAGGUUCAGCUCUUGGAGUUUGUGAGAGUGAGACAGAACCUGAAGAAAGUCCAUUCAGCCCUGCACAAGCACACUCACUCCUAAAUGUGAUCAGCCCAAGACACUGAUCUGACUAAAGGAAAAGCUCAUCUGGCCAUGUAAAUUUAUUGUGGAAUAAUGUACACAGUGUUUUCCAUUAUAUCUGAUAUUAAUCAUUUGUUUUUCAUACAUGUUUGAACGGAUAUA